CACCUGUACGUACCUGUUCCCUUCUGGGAACGAGUUAAUGGCAGGGUUUGCACACAUGCCAUUGUGCUGAGUUGUUAACAUGUAUAUGGACUUCCUCGGACUCUAUUUGCCUUUUGAGUCAACUCGGGGGGAUUGAAGAACGGAGGUCUUACCUGGCGAUCGGGCACGUCGGCAUGUGUGUGUGAAUAUCGCCACCUGUGUGCACUAGACUGCAGUCCGUCCGUACGUUGACUCCACUCGUGAGAGAAUUACCAAACGGUGAAAAUUGCCCCCUUAGCGCGGUCUCUCUGUCGUUAAUACAGUCACCUAAGCAGAACUGCUAACGGUCUCUGUGGAGAGUUCGAGGGGGCCGAUUGUGGAGGUGGGGAAUUUAAUUUCCCAGGCAGAUUGACGUCAUUGGACCGUAACCGGGCGGAGCAGCAGUACGCAGGCGGCAGAGGUUGACGUGUGACAGCCGCGGUAGCGGUCCCGCACGGUAGCUGCGCUCAUUCGCCCGGAAAACCUGUUCCUAACAAGCAGAACUCACCACGAUUUCUGCGAUUUCACGGUUGAUCGCGUGCAGGUUGGGAACCAGCAUAUCUACAUGGAUUACCCAGGAGUUCUGUUUUAAGUGGAGUUCUGAACAGCAUACCGGGCCGUCAACAUGGCUUCCGCUCAAUCACUGGAACAGUUACAGGAGGAAGUCACGGCGCUCAGAGACGAGGUCUCCUCGCUCAAGGAAAAACUCCAGGCGGCUGAGGAGAGCGAAGUGACGGUUCGCCAUCAGAUGGACCUGCAGAAGAAACACACCAAACAGCUGAUCGCGGCCUGGAAGCUACGACUGCAGGAAGGGGAGGAUAAACUGCACAGACAGAAACUAGAGAAUGACAAGCAGCUCAGAGAUAUUGCGGCUAACUUGAUGUUCUUGGAGGGACAGUUUCAGAAGGAGCAGAAGGUGAUCGUAGGAAAACUCAAGCAUAAAGACAGACUGAUAGAAGAGAAGGACAGAAUAAUAGAACAGCAACAGAAGACAGUGGAAGCAUUGAAGGCUGCUAAUGAUAGACUUGUAAGUGGAUUGUCACAGCUCAAGCUAGCAAGAGGGGGAGGGCUGGAAAAUGGCGGCCCCAGCGUGGAACCCCGCCAACGCACUUCAAACAGUAAAUCUCUUAAUAGUAACCACAAAUUUCAAGAACGCGCCCUGUUGGCGGGGCCAAGACUAACAGAGGAGAACAUGCCAAAGGCCAGGGGGUCGCUGAAAGGGCGCUUACGGAGUAGAAGCCACCCGCAGCCCGAGAAGAAAGCCCAGCGUGUGCGGUUCAUGGAAGCAUGCUGAACCUAAGAACCUUUACGGUAAAUCCUCCAGAGACUAGUUACGGUGCGUGGAAAUUGGCAAUGCCGACUGUGUACGCGGGGCGUAUGUUUAAACUCCAGAUGGGGAUUUCUUGUUGCCACUUGUCCGUUUUAUUCGCGGUAUACCCUGUCCUGACAUGAACCUACAGUCUGGUGAAGUGCUGUAAAGAGGAGCGCGUUAUGUUGGCUUGAACAGACGGCCGGCUGGCGUUUCGUCGCAAAGCCCGAUGUUAUGCUUGGUCGACUCAGAAUCGCCGCACAAAAAAAACUACCUUUUCAAACGUGCUGGAGACACAGGGGUUGGCUUUCACCAGGGCAGACCCAGGGUGCUACAGGACAGGUCAUGUGGCCCCGCCCGGCUCCCAAGCUGUACGUGACAUUUGUAAAAUGCAAACAAUGAGAAAAACAAUGGAGCUAUUUAUUUGCAUUGUGGUCUUUGUACGAGCCAUAUGUGUUCAGUCAUAGCUUAUGUUGUCCUUCAUCUAAUAAUAAAAAUCGACCGUGCUUUACCCGGUCCUCUCGAUCGGUUACCAGGUGUCGACUGGAGAUUUAUUCCUCUUAAUUGUCGCCCAUGUGCCAAUCCUCACGGCAACUGUCGAUUACUCAAGCGGACUGUAUUAAACGCCAUUUGCCCACCUA